AUGGAGCCGCGUGAACCUCUGUCAUUGCAAAUGCUAGUAAGUUUUUUUUCUGAAAAAGUAUCGAAAUGAAAUCAAAUUUUUUAAAAUUUUCAGUGUAACGUAAAAGUGAUGUCUCAGCUAUCGGAUAUAUAUUUGAGGCGAGUAAUGACGGAACCAAAACUACCAACACGCGAGGCAGUGUUUUUUUCUGGAGCUGUAAAUAAGCUUUCAUUUAACUCAAAGACACAAGAACAGUACAAAAGGCUAUGCGCUCACUACACACGUUUCUUGUUCGAAAUAGGUUAUACAGAUUUUCCAUCUCUUAAAAAAGACAUCACAUUUGAUGUUAGGGAAAUUGCCAUGUUCAUGAAUGAAAUGAAGCGGAAAGGUUGGUCUGAUUUUCGGAUUCUCUGAAAAAUUUGGCGAUUUUUGAUACCCAUAAUAUCUAAUAAUUUUUUCCAGGGUUUGUCGUGUAUAACAGACGGGAAGAACUACCAAACCAUCUAACCACUUUUGCGUGUUUUCGUGAACUCACUUAA